AUGCGCUCCGAAGAUAGAUCAACGUCGACGAACAUUUCCAUUGCUUCUGAACUUGCAAGAAUACCUGAUAGACUUUGUUUUCUUUGGACAUCAACGCGAGACAACAUUUUACAGAAAUCUAACUAUCCUUCUAAGUACCAGUACGGCUUGGAACUUCAGGUAAAACACAAAAACUUGCAUCUUCUUUUAUGUAUCCUGCUUGCUGGUGAUGUAGCAACCAACCCAGGCCCAACAUCUGACUCACAAUCAAGGGAUGGUUUUAAGAUACUGUAUUUAAAUGCAAGAAGCCUGAAAGCAUUUGUUCAUCCACCGGGGAAUACCUCCCCGAAAGUUUGCAAAAUUUCGUUAUUUCAAGAUUUAGUAUACAGUGGAAACUAUGACAUCGUAUGUGUUUGCGAGACGUGGUUAAACAACUCAGUUUUAAGCAGCGAAAUUAUACCUAACUAUGGAACUGUCUUCCGGCAUGAUAGAACUGGCAGAAUUGGUGGUGGUGUUCUCGUUGCUAUUAAGUCAGGAAUACAAGUCACACAUCGACACGAUUUGGAAACUGACAAUACGGAGCUUAUUGUUACUGAACUUUUUAAAUCGAACAGUAAACCUGUCAUCCUUUACACUUUCUAUCGCCCUUCUGACUCUACGCUUGAUGUCCUUCAGUCAUUAAACAACUCACUCCAUAGAAACCAAGAAUCGAGUCAUCUGGUAAUGAUUGGAGACUUUAACCUACCAUCUGUUAAAUGGUCGAGUCAUGAAAAUAUUCCUGUGAAUACCGGAGGGUCCAAUGAGAAUAAGCAUUUUGCAAAAUGGUGGACGACAACUUCCUUCAACAGUUUAUAUCUGGCCCUACCCACAUUGCUGGUAAUAAACUCGACCUUUUGCUAUCUAAUUCUCCUGAAAUUAUCGGUGACGUUUCUGCAUUCCUUCCUGAAUGUUUCCCAACAGAUCAUUACAUAGUCGAAAUUGAUGUUCAACUGAAGUUUAAAAGAGCCAAGCCAGUUAAACGUCAAGUUUUUUACUACAGGAACGGUAAAUUUGAUGAGUUGCAUAAUUUCCCCACGAGAAAUACCAUUAAUAUUACUCCCACCGAUGAUAUUGAUAACUACUGGGAACAAUGGAAGGAAACGUUCUUAACUGCUGUGAAAAAGUACAUUCCAGUAAGAACUGUUAAGGACACCAACUCUCCCCCUUGGAUUGAUCAAGAAGUCCGGAUUCUUAUCCACAAGAAAUACCGUGCAUUAAAAAACUACCGAAUGAAUAGAUCUGCAACUUGUAAGCGAAAGCUGCGAUCCCUUUCCCCAAAAACUAAGCUUCUCAUUAGGCGGAAACAUCAAGAAUAUCUGGCUAAAAUUGAAAGUUCCUUCUCUGUCAACUCAAAGCUGUUCUGGAGCUACCAUAAAGCUAUCCUACGCACCGAGCAAAUCUGCAUCACGAAAUAA